GAGCCGUCAAUCUUAAUUUCCCACCCACGCUGAUCAGGAGGUUCGGUUGUAAGGAUGUUGCUCUGUACCUCAGUAAUGGGGGUAUGAUAUCUGUUCUGUUUUCUGAUUAAAGUUGUGUUUCAGGACUACAGAACGCGUCAGAGAGACUGUAAACCAUUAAACCAAGCGUUUAAUUCCUCAAAAGCUUUAGCUUUGUAACGUUAGCUGAGUCGUUGGGAAACUUGAAGCCACAGAUUAAAACAGCAACAUCUGCUGAAGUUGAGCUGAUAACUGGGAGCUGUUCCGGUGGUUAGCAAGAACAUGCCAGCAGCAGGUAAUGCCCAGGUUACCCAGGCUUGGCUACGCUCCUCAUGGCAAAUUCAGGUGCCUCAAACGUGGCUUGAAGCUUGUGUGGAAUGGGUGCUAGAGGAGGCAGGAGGUGUGGCCGUGCCUCAAGCCCAACUCAACAAGCAGGUUCUGGACCAGUGGCUACUCACGGACCUAAGAGACCUCGCCCAUCCUUUACUGCCUGCCUGCAUUUCAGAGGCCCAGAAGAUGGAAUUGAAUGGCUGCUACUGCCUCCAGUUGGACUCCCUGCUGGACGUCAGCCAGCCAGCCUACUCUCAGCUGCAGCGAGUCCGUGGUUCUGACUGCACCAAUGAGCAGGUCACUGCUGUGACUCAGGCCACUCAGAAGCCGUGGGAGGCCAAGCCCACACGCAUGCUAAUGCUGCAGCUUACCGAUGGGGUCCAGAGCCUGGAGGGCAUGGAAUACCGGCCCAUCCCAGCCCUUAAUACAAGUCUUCCUCCAGGCACCAAGCUCCAGGUGGCGGGAACCGUGGUGGUACGUCUUGGGGUGUUGUUGCUGAAGGCGGAAAAUGUAAGAGUUCUGGGUGGGGAAGUGGAGCAGCUUGUGGAGAGGCAUUCCCAGUCAAAGUUACUUUGCAGAACCCUAGGAUUGCCUGAGGAAAAUCAUCCGCAAGAAGCAGAACCAGAUGAUCAAGAGCUGCUUGCAGAUGUGGAAGCUUUAAGGGAGCCUCAGUUAGGUGGGGCCACUCUGGACAGUGGUUAUGACAGCAAUGGUGGCAGCCUGGCCUCACAAGCUUCUGUCAGAACUGACUGGUCUCGUAGCUAUCAGUUGGAACCUUCCCACCAUGCGACACCUGCUUCUAUUAGCCGGAAUGUAGUUGAACCUUCCGAUGAGGACUUCCAUGAUAUUCCAGAUAACUUUGAUGAUAUUCCCGACAACUUUGAUGAGGUUCCAGAGAAUUUUGACGAGGUUCCAGAGAACUUUGAUAAUGUCCCAGAGGACUUUGAUGACAUUCCAAUGGAGGAACUGGACAGCAUCAUGACGCCUACAGAAAUGAAGGUCUUGCCAACAAAUGGAGGUAUGGAAUAUGAUGGGAUGGGAGAACGGCAUGCUGCCCCAAGCUCAGAUAGACAAGUCAACCAAGGUGGAGGACCAAGCCACCUCAGUUUUGCUUCUGGAGCAAAUGUCAAUAAGUCCAACGGUCAUUCUGUGGGAUCAAAAAUAUACAAUCAAAUGGCUGAUGCAGGUGCUUCAGAUGAUUCUCUCACUUCCCCAGAUCCAAAGAUUCCCAGAUUUGAUUCUAUCUUUACCAGCCCUCAGAUUGGAGCACAUGUUUCUACAGACAAGCCUAACAUUAAAGCAGACAUGUCUCUCCUCAACUACCUGUGCAUUCUGCAAAAUGGCACUUGGCCUCCCUCUAUCGUUCAAGUGGUGCGACUUCAGGCCUUUAUAGUCACUCUAGUUGGAAACCUGCGCUGCAGUGGUGGGGAAUGGAAACUCGGGGCCACCAUAUCAGAUGGCACUGGAUAUCUGGACGUGGAUCUCUCUGACGCUUUGCUGACUAAUCUGAUUGGCUUCUCAGCAGCAGAAUCCAAAGUGCUAAGGAAGGACCCAGCAAAGCGUAGAGUGGUUGAUUCUGGGAUACAGAACUGUCAGAGGGAGCUGGUGGAUAUGUGUUGUGUGAUGAGCGUUCAGUUAGAGCCAUCAGGGAAAUGCGUGGUAUUAAAGACAGAUCUUCUGGCAGACAGAGAGUUCUGUGAGCUACAGAGGAGAGUCACAGAGAGAAGGAGUUAACAUUUUAUUUGGUGCUUCAUUAAAAUCCUAAACUUAAGUAACUGCUUUUUAAUAGUGUCAACUCAGAUUCACAUUUGAAUUGGUGGAGGAAAUUUGAAUUUCACAAUGAAUUACAGGGGUGCAUGGGCAACCAGGCAGUCUGUAAUGCGACUCCAAAUAAUUUAAAGUUAUUAGUACAUUUGAAUGCAUAUUUAUGUCCGUGGCUGAGUGAUAUAGUGAAAAUAUAUUCACCAUACAUAGUAUGCUUCAAAUUGUUAUUCAUAUAUACCUCCUGUACUUAGCACAGUGCUAUAUAAUCAAAAUGCUGCACCUUAUCCAAUUAAACAGGACGAAUUACAUUGUUUGCAGCCGGGCUCAAAAGGAUUUUAAACAGUGCUAUGCAAAAUUGCUGUUAAGUUCAAGAUGUCUGUUUCUUUAGUGUAUACAAAAGUAACUGGUCUUUUCAGUUCUUUGUUUAAUUUGUUUAGUUCAUUUCCAUUAUAGGACAUUUACAUCCUUUUAGACCUGCAGUUCUAAGUGCUGUUUAUCUGACUGAGGCAAUUUUGAAGUCUGUGGCUGUUCAGGGUUCCAUUUUCUUUAAAUUAUUUAAUCUUUUUUUAUUCAGUUCAAAUUUUUGAAAUCUGGUAUUUUUUUGUCACAUUUCACACUUUUACACACUUCCCUCUACCUCCUGCUAGUAGAUUAUAUUGGUUAUAGUCUUAAACAUUUAAUCAGUAUUAUUGAUGUAAACAUACUGUUUUUGUACAUCAAAGAAUGAUAAAGGUGCUUCAGUAUCUUUAAAAGGCAAUUAAUUAUCUAACAUUGUCCCAUUGUUCCAACAUACCUGGAUUCUAGAUUUACUUUUAUUUCUCCUAAAGGGUAAACUUCCUGAAAAAUCAGGACCUGUAUUCAUAGUUUGUCAGUGAUUUAGUCUCCACUUAUUUCCUGUAACCAUUCUGACAAGAACAUAUUCUAGAUCAGAAGCUUUUAAGAAUAUUUUUUUAAAAUAUAUUUUUAUAACUUAAUUUUUUAUUCUAUUUCAUCUAUACCUGCAUAAGCUCUCUGUCAGUUCUGUUAAAAGAGCUAACAGGCAUUUAUGUUGACUAGCAGUGCUUAUUGUGAUUGGGGAGAAGGAAGGUCAUUCUAUUCACCCACAAACAAGCAAAGGUUUAGGAACUCCUAGGCACAGAUGGCUGUGGCAUUCACAGAGAUCAAACUGGCAUUAGGGGAGACGCUCAGACAGCUGAGUCUCUCUUUCAGUAUACUUUUAAUGCCUAAACCUUAAUUUCCUAACUUUACUUUCAUCUGUCUCGUUUGUUGUGUCUCAGUUGAGACUGGCUUUAGUAAUGUUGCAGUUAGGUCAAACUUGCCGACUACAAUGUUUAAAAUCGAAAUGUAUUACUUUUUACUUGUUGAAUAUUACCUAAAUAAAAAUAUAAACUGAAUUAAA